GGGGCUACCGCGCAGCGAGGUGCCGGUACGGCCGCGCCCGCGCCGCUGCUGGCGCUCGCUCUGGCGCUGCGGACGCUCAAUUGCUUCCUCGUCCAGACCAGCUUCGUCCCGGACGAGUACUGGCAGUCGCUGGAGGUGGCCCAUCGCAUGGUCUUCAAUUAUGGUUACCUGACUUGGGAAUGGACAAGUAGCUUAAGGGGCUACUCGUACCCACUGAUCUUUGCAAGCAUGUACAAAGCAUUACAGCUGCUGGCUAAGGAUAAUGUUCAGCUGCUGAUCUGGGUCCCUAGGCUUGCACAGGCAGUGCUGGCUGCUUUUGCUGAUGUGAAGCUUUACUCAUUAGUGCAACACCUUGAAAAUUCAGAAACAGCAAAGUUCGUGUUCUUCUGCCAACUCUGUUCCUGGUUUACAUGGUAUUCCUGUACCAGAACUCUAACAAAUACCAUGGAGACUAUUCUUACCAUUUUUGCUCUUUCCUAUUAUCCAAUAAAAGGCUCCAAGAUGGGGAACAGUUGUAAGUAUUUAGCUUUGGUAGCACUUGCAAUUGUUAUUCGUCCCACUGCUGUUAUUCCAUGGAUGCCUUUGGUCUUCAGCCAUUUUUUGCAAGAACAGAGGAAAGCAGAUCUUAUCCUACAUAACUGCAUUCCAGUUGGAUUGGUCACAAUAGGAACCUCUUUAAUAAUUGACCGUGUGUUUUUUGGUGAGUGGGUACUGGUUCAGCUGAACUUCUUGAAAUUCAACGUGCUGCAGAAUUUGGGAACAUUUUACGGCUCUCAUCCUUGGCAUUGGUACUUCACUCAGGGACUCCCAGUCAUCUUGGGUCCCCAUCUGCCUUUCUUUAUUCAUGGCUGUGCACUGGCACCAAGGAGGUACCGCAUCAUUCUACUGGCAGUGAUCUGGACAGUGCUGGUGUACAGCACACUGAGCCAUAAGGAAUUCAGGUUCAUCUAUCCAGUACUGCCAUUCUGCAUGAUUUUUUGUGGGUAUUCAUUGAAACACCUGAAAGCAUGGAAGAAAACUGCAGCAAGUUUCCUGCUCUUAUCCAAUUUAGUCCCAGCCCUGUACACAGGCUUGGUUCACCAGCGAGGCACUCUGGAUGUUAUGAGUCACAUCCAGCAGCUCUGCAAUAACUCUCAGCAGUCACAAGCUUUUGUCUUCAUACUGAUGCCAUGCCACUCUACUCCAUUUUACAGUCAUGUUCACUGUCCUCUAAAAAUGAGAUUCCUUCAGUGUCCCCCAAACCUAACUGGCAAUGAGAGCUACAUUGAUGAAGCAGAUGUAUUUUACUCUAACCCACUUGGCUGGCUGAAUAAGGAGUUUUACAAUGACACAUUACUACCCAGUCACUUGAUCCUCUUCAGUGUGCUAGAACAGGAAAUAUCAUCAUUUCUAGCUUUGAGGGGCUAUGAGAAAACAGCCACUGUCUUUCAUACUCAUGUACCUCAAGGACGAGUUGGAAGCCACAUCUCCAUCUACAGGAGAAAAACUGAAAUGAAUUAUCCCUGAAGAUCAGUGCCUAGACCUUGGACCUAAUAAGAUCAAUUUUGCAUAGCAAAAGCUACUGUACUAUAGCAGUAGCUGUGCUUAGAUGUUGUACUGCAGAAAGGAGAGCAGUGAGUCUGAACUGGGGAAGUCAAAUAGGAAGUCCCAUGAGGCAGCCAGAGGCUGCCUGCAAACACAUAAACCUCCUGAAGGCAGCUGCAGUAGCAGUAGGGCAGGGGUUGCUGGCCUACCUAACAACACACUGGGAAGACCAAAGUUACCAUAUGAAUACUUAAGCAAUAGAAUACAGACAAGACUACAUAUAGAACUGUACAGCUAUGCUAAAUUUCUUUUAUAAAUAAAGACUUUUACCCACAA